CGGCCAGCUGACAUCGCCUGGGCAAAUGGAAGUUCAGACGGUGCCCGCUCAUACCUCGUAUACCCAGUACGGACAGUCCUACAACACAUCGCACUACCAAUACACCCCGUCAUACGCCCCGUCAUCCUACAUGCCCCCGUCCAGUAUCGCCUCGGGGGGGCACUCCCACACUUCGUCUUCAUCUUCCGUCCCUAGCAGUGGUUGGUACUCGUCUCACGGCCCAACAUCACCUCGCUCGCCGCCUCGCCGUCCCAGUCUCCCCAUUGAAAUGCGCGAGACCUCUGCGAAUGCUGGACAAUCCAGUUCCGGGACACGGUCUCCGCCCGGCGCGAUGUCGCCGCGGAUCCGCGGCACCCCGUUUUGAACCACUCCCUUUUAUG